AUGACAAACACUAGGAGUAGAGGUAAUCCCUUACUCCUGUUUGAUCUAGAGCCAGAAAGAAUUAUUCAAACACCAAGAAGGAUGUUAGAACAAGUUCGUGACGGAGUUUCUACUGGGGUUCAAGACCCUCAGAUUGUACCUCCUCCAUCUUUUGAUCCUAAUGCGGCACUUUUGCAAGCUCUAGGAGAUCUACAAAAUGUUGUAGAUAGACAAAAAAAGAACUUAUUAGCAGAAGAAGAGGUCUCAUUGGCUAAAGGAGGACUAUCCAGGACACGACAAGUGGUCGAGCAUCGAGACAGAUUUCAAAGAGGUAGAGUUCCAUUAAUGCCUGCAUAUCAGCACCUAGAGCAAAAUAACAAAAAGGAUACGAUCAAGGAGCCUGUUUUGAAGUCCAUCCCGAGAUCUCGCCCUCCUUUUCCUCAAAGGCUGAAAAAGAAGCAACAAAAGAGUAAGUAUCAAAAAAUUUUAUUUAUGUUAAAGGAACUGUUAGUCAACAUUCAACUUAUAGAGGCAUUAGAGAAAAUGCCAGGAUAUGCAAAAUUCAUGAAGAAUCUAUCUACCAAGAAGAGGUUAGUUAGUUAUGAGCCAGUCAACAAUAUUCAUUACUAUAAUGUUGUAGCUACUAUAUCAUUGGUAGAGAAGAAGGAAUAUCUUGGUGCUUUCACCAUUCCUUGCACUAUUGGAUCUAUCAACUUCACUUGGGCACUAUGUGAUCUGGGAGCAAGUAUCAACCUCAUGCCAUUAAUAGUGUUUAAGCAGUUGGUAUUAGGAGCUCCUAAUCCAUUCACUAUGAGACUAGUGGUGGCAGAUAGGAUAGUUAAAAAUCUAGUUAGUUUUCUAUAUGACGUAUUGGUGGAGAUGGCUUAUUUCAUAUUUCCUGCUGAUUUGUAA